GCGUUAAGCCUCAGUGAAGAUCUCUUAAUAUCUGGUUUUUUGCAUUCGGUGGAAGGAUGGCAGUGGCAGCAAUCAAGCUUGACUGGCUCCCUUCUUUAAGUGACGUGAAGCAUUCCAGUCAAGAACUUAUACCUCGACGCGCCCUGAACUUCCCUUUCUACCCUCCAAUCUGCCAGCAGCCUCUACCAUAAUCCAAAUCGAUACAUUUACCUUAACUCACUCAUCUUCAACAUGCGCCUGUCGGCUCUAAUUCCAGCCCUGUGCUGCACGGCAGCUUUGGUGUUGUCAUUCCUUUGUCUCUUCGCAGGCAAUAAGGAGAAUUUUAUGGAAGACUAUCAUCUUCUUACUCUCAACACAUCCCGCAUCGGAGAGAAUCUCCUGAACAGUUCUACCUCUGGGAACUCGGACAACACGAUCUCUAAUCUUUUCCAUAAUAUCACCAACUCGAUCUCUAACAAAAUUAAUGACGCCGCCGGCGACUUGGCAGAAAAACUCGGUGUGGACGAUUUCUACAGUGCGCAUAUUCUUGACUAUUGCUACGGGGACUACGUUCCUACCCCUCUCGCCAACGCCACAGUCUCCAGUAGCGACAUCCAUAAGAACGUGACCAGAUGCUCGAAUCGCACCGCGAUGUUCCAUUUCGACCCCACCGAAGCCCUACAGCGAAGCUUAAAUCAGUCCGGCGUAGACAUUACUUUAGAUGAUCUUCAGUGGCCAAAAGACAUUCAGAACGGCAUCGAUGCUAUUAAGAUACUCCAGGAGACGGUUUUCGUUCUCUAUUGCAUUUCAAUUGGCCUGAUAUUCUUAGCCCUCAUUGCCGCUUUCCCGGCCCUGAUUGCUGCAGGUAGAAUGGCAGCUUGUCUGAACGUUAUGGUGGCUUCCGUAGCUUUUAUUGCCAUAGGUUUGGCCAGUGCGAUUGUGACUGCGUUCAUAGUUAAGGGCUCACACCUAAUCAACAAGUAUGGCAAUGAAAUCGGCGUCGAAGCACAUCGCGGUGGGAGGUUCUUAGCGAUAACAUGGGCAGCGACUGCUCUCAUGUUCAUCACGCUCCUCCUCUGGUGUUUUGAGACUUGCAUCGGGCACCGCCGAAAGGAGAGAUAUGUGGCUCCUAAGCGUGGCUAGGCGACCUGGGAAUGAAUGAAGUAAUC